GUUUGGAAAUGCCCCCUACUUGAUUGAAGAUAGAUGCAGCGAUUAGCUGUCCUCGUUUUUCUCCUUCACUCUGAACUUCUACAUCUGUAGCCUACACUACUCGCUUCUCCACCCUCCAACCAUGGGCGGAAAUCCAUCAAAGCCGGUGCCUGGAAAGAAGCUGCAGGUCAUCGCAGCGGGCUACUCUAGGACCGGCACCGUUGCAAUGCAAUUGGCACUGGAGAAACUGCUGUCUGGUCCUGUACUGCACGGAGGAACAGCAAUCCUGGGGAGAGAAGACGCCCACUGCCGGCUGUGGGUCGAGGCCUACAAGGCCAAGCGCGCGGGCGACUUUGGCAAGACGUGCGAGCUGGUGCGGCAGUUGACCGACGGCUUCGUCGGCGUGGCCGACAUGCCGCCGCUCGACUUCGUGCCGGAGCUGCUGGCCGUCCACCCGGACGCGCGCGUCGUGCUGACCACGCGCGACCCGGACUCGUGGCUCCAGAGCAUCCGGCCCGUCGCCGCCAACUCGAGCCUCUGGUGGCUGCCCUACCCCAUGGUUCUGGUGCCCGGCUGGCGCUGGUUCCCGACCCUCUCGCGCGAGUUCGGCACGUCCACCAAGAUUUACCUGGGCCUGGACGAGAAGGAGGGGCCGGCCAACCCGCUUCCUUGCAAAGAAUUGCUCCUGAACUGGAACCAGCGCGUCAAGUCCCUGGUGCCUCCGGAGAAGCUGCUCGUCAUGGAGAUCAAGGACGGCUGGGGGCCCCUAUGCGAGUUCCUCGGCGUCCCCGUCCCCGACGAGCCGAUACCCCGGGCCAACGACUCGGCCGCCGCCGCAAAGGUCGCCGAGGACAUCACCAUGCAGCUCGUCAAGAUCUGGAUCGGGAUAGCUUCGGUCGUGACGGUCUCGGGGCUUGCCGCCUUUAGGUUCUGGAGGCAUCGUUGAUGACCGGCGCUUGGCGUUGCUACUUGCCCCGUCAAUGAUCCUGCCAGGUGUAUUGUCGCUUUUGCUGCCGAACAUGGAGUCACAGGCCACCAGUUCUAUGUGGUGGAAAUAUGGUCAAUUACAUCACAGAGAUAUUAAAGAUGCAGCAAAUCCUUUCUGUUCCAUUGCACAAGCCUCGCCAAACCGUGACUUGGCUUGACAAAA